AUGGCUCCUCUCAUCGUAGUCGAUGCCCUCCCUACUUUCAUCUCGCCAGAUGCACACAAAGACUUGGUUGCCUCGACACCAGCAUCCUUCAACGAUAUUCCCCCUGUCCUUAGACACAAGGAAGAAAACGUCUCCAUCAAGCUGGAUCCCGCCCUCCCUGAAUUUACCGCAGAUGACUGCGUGAAUGGCUCACUCUACGUGAUUGAAAAUUGUCUCGUCUUCAUGUCCUCUACCGGUAAGGGUCUGCAAGUCGAAUAUCCCUCGAUUACCUUGCACGCAAUCUCGCGCGCAGAAAACGUUCCCUCCAUAUACUGUCAACUGGACGAAGGCUCCCCAGAUACUGCUGAAACGAAUGAGGACGAAGAGACAUCGGAAAUGAGGGAGCUCAUCAUUGUCCCUAUGGCCGCAGAAAGUCUGGAGCCUAUUUUCGAGGCACUCUCAUUCUGUGCUUCAUUGCAUCCUGACCCUAUGGAUGAAAACGACAUGGACGACGAUGACGACGCCUUCAUCGACGCGGACGAAAAUUCUCCGUUCGAGACAUUCAAUGGCACGGACGGCGAAGAGCUCAGUGAAGUCGGGAGGGUUGCCCUUGCUCAUCUUGAAAGCAUCAUGUAUAACCCAUUCGAGACGAAAGAACAACAAGAGGAUGUGGAGCAAUACCAGGGUGAGGACGAGAGCAGCCGAGAAGAUGCGCCACGUGGGGAGAAGUGA